CACACUCUGAACUUGGGACUUGGGAAUAAGCAUUAUUUUGGUUUGAUCGUCGUUUGCGUUGAACAAAUUGGAGUUUUGAAAAAUGCCGCUACCAGCAUGUUUCGCGAAUGCUGUCGAGCCGAUGCAAAUAGAUGCACAACCGGAGGAUAACGAAAACAACGAGGAGGAUAUUUAUAUUGUCGAAAAUCCCUCAAUUGACCUGGAGCAACUCGCCAAUCAGUACACCGGAUUGGCAAAAUUGCAUCGUCUGGUUUACAUUGCAGAACAUUGUCCGGGGUUGCGGCUUGAAGCGCUGCGAAUGGCAAUUAAUUAUGUAACAACGACUUACAAUGUUACUCUUUAUCAACAUUUACAUAAAAAACUCGCUGAAAGCGUAGGCACCUUGUUUUUGCCGGAUGUGGCCACACAAUCUAGUGGCUCUCAAGAAAUACCCACCUUUGACGCAACAUGGGUUGAGACUAAGAGCAAAAAAUCGGCUCUGAAGUUAGAAAAGCUGGACUGCGAUUUGAAGAAUUACAAGGCAAAUUCCAUUAAAGAAAGCAUCCGUCGAGGGCACGAUGACCUAGGUGAUCAUUAUCUCAAUUGUGGUGACCUGUCCAACGCAUUGAAGUGCUAUUCCCGAGCUCGUGAUUACUGCACAAGCGGUAAACAUGUUGUUAAUAUGUGCUUGAAUGUAAUCAAGGUAUCAAUCUAUCUGCAAAACUGGUCGCAUGUGCUAAGCUAUGUUUCGAAAGCCGAAGGAACUACAGAGGUCGCGGAAACCUCGAAGGACAAGGAUCCAAACCAAGUUGUGAUAACGCGACUAAAGUGUGCUGCUGGCCUUGCCGAGCUGGCUACUCGUAAAUACAAGUCUGCGGCCAAGCACUUCUUGCAAGCAAAUUUCGAUCUUUGCGACUUUCCUGAAAUGAUAUCGACGAAUAAUGUUGCCAUAUACUGUGGUUUAUGCGCAUUGGCCACUUUCGAUCGGCAGGAGCUGAAGAACGUUAUUUCGAGCAGCUCAUUUAAACUGUUUUUGGAGCUAGAACCUCAGCUGCGAGAUAUAAUUUUUAAGUUUUACGACUCCAAGUACGCCUCGUGUUUGAAACUUCUAGAUGAAAUCAAGGACAAUCUGCUGCUCGAUAUGUACAUUGCACCGCAUGUAAAUGUACUGUACACGCAAAUCCGGAACCGUGCUCUAGUGCAGUACUUCAGUCCGUAUAUGUCAGCUGACAUGCGUAAGAUGGCCACCGCCUUCAACCGUUCAGUGGCUGCGUUGGAAAAUGAAAUUAUGCAGCUUAUUUUGGAAGGUCAAAUACAGGCUCGGAUCGAUUCACACAACAAAAUACUUUAUGCAAAAGAUGCAGAUCAUCGCAGUGCCACCUUUGAAAAGGCUAUCAACGUUGGAAAGGAAUUUCAACGUCGAUCGCGUAUGCUUAUUCUGCGGGCGGCCAUGGUUCGUCGUCAAAUCCACGUAAAGAAUCAUCCUCGCGAAAGUGGAGGCAACCAUGGAGCAGAAAUCUGCGUUCCAGCAAGUGGCUCAUCCGGUGCCAACAUCGCACGUAAUUGAUAAGUUCACAGUGUUUUGAUUUGGGAACUGGAAAUUGAAUCGAAAAAUAUUAACUGUUGAGCGCUUACAGCAUACAAAGACAGCAAAGGAUUGAUAAUUGGCUAAAAGUUACUAAACCUAAGCUUUGUUCGAAAUCGAUAGCAUGUAUGUGUCGUCAGGACCACUUUUUUGUCGCGAUUGUGGCUUCGUCAGAUUUAACCAUUUCAUAUACCAAUGAAUCAGAAAUAACAAUUUAUUGAUUCGAGAAUUUAUUUUUGUGGAUACAAUAGAGAAUGAUAUGUUGAGCGCAAGGUGUUUAGUUUUUCGAUACAUGAUACAAUAAACGAUUCAGUUUUUCAAUACGUG